AUGUACCCCGCUGCUAUCCAUGCACUCAUUAGUUUCCGCUCAAAACCAGCCUACUCCGCCACCGAAGACGCAUACCUCUCUCCUCCUAGCUCAGCCAGGCCAGCGAGAUUGCUCUCCCUGUUUCCGCAGUCGACGAUGUCAGAGGCCCGCCAUUUGGCAAAUUCAUUCCACCCUGAUAUUGCUCUUGUUGGUACAUCACCCACCAGACGUCCACUCACAGAUCAAGAUCGUCACAAACCUUCCAUCACCACGCAACCUUCCAAGCUCAGUCCAGCUUAUCACGCAAGCUCAUCCCAAUCUACAACAACAUCCCCGACCUCGAAACGGAGACAUUACUCAAUUCAAGAACUUGUCUCGCCCAUGGGUGCUGCAAUCAACAACUAUUUCUCCAGCGCUGUGCCAAAAGCUGAACCACCACCAGUGGCGUUGAGUCCAGUUGCUACGCCAGGAAGCGCUCUUAGCCAGCGGAACGCCCAUGUUCUGUCCCCGACAAAUAAUAUGAGAACGCAAAAACCUUUGCCUCGAAGCCCUCUCCCCGGGACAUCCCCUGAUCUCGCUUGUAGAGAGCUUGCCAUCCCAAAUCAAGCUCUUGUUAAUAAUGAGAUUACGCAUUCCAGUGGUAUGCCGCUGGUGCGGGAUGCACGCAGCAGUCCAAAGGUGGUAGUGCGUCAAGUGUAA